AUCAUUGCCACUUGGCCCAGUUUUCUUCCGAAUGGUCGAGUAAUGAACCUUCCUCUGUUCAUACCCAAAUGGACCAAACUCUCUCUCUCUCUCUCUCUCUCUCUGCAAGUGAAAGUAAAAGUCCUCGCUGUUGUGGUUCAUGGAGUUUUCCUUCUGAGAAGUAGAUUUUGAAGUUGGGGUUUUUUGUUUGCGGGCUUAUCUUUCUGCUAAUGCUUAAUUCUGACCGAGACCAGCAAGAUCAGAGGAAAAAUCCUGACAUGGAGGACUCACCUGCAAUGACUAUUGAAUUCCUUCGGGCAAGGUUACUGUCCGAACGAUCUGUCUCAAAAAGUGCAAGACAGAGAGCUGAUGAGCUGGCAAAAAGGGUAGCAGAAUUGGAGGAACAGCUAAAGAUUGUGUCUCUUCAAAGAAAGAGGGCUGAGAAGGCAACAGCAGACGUUCUUGCCAUUUUGGAGAAUCAAGGAAUAAGUGAUGUUUCUGAAGACUUUGAUUUGAGCUCAGACCAAGAAACCCCACAUGAAUCCGAAGCAGGUCAUAAAUCUACAAAAGAAGAUGAGAGAUCAAUUAAUUCAAAAGGCAGUAGAAAUAAAUCAGAAGAACUUUCAGGUUCUGACAUUGAUUCUUCUCCAGUACGCGGUAGAAGUUUGUCUUGGAAAGGCCGCAAUGAUUCACCACGUUCUCUUCAGAAGUACAAGGAAUCUUCUCUUAAAAGAAGGAACCGUUUUAAUUCCAAUGGUUCUUCUUCCCCAAAUCAUUGUACUGGUAAAUCAUGCCGCCAGAUAAGACGCAGAGAGGCAAAAUCUAUUGAUGAGGAGUUCAAGACAGAGCCUGUCAAGGUUGGUUCUGAAGAAAAUGGAGCGGCCGCCUCUUCGGAAGGUUUUCCAAUUAGCUCAAAUAAUGAGCUGAAUGAAGGUUCUGAAAUCCAGGAGAAAGUUUUACGAGAUAGUCCAUUCCCAGGUAGCUUAGAAAAUCAUAAAAAAGUAGGAAAUAAUGACUUUGAUUAUAAUGAAUAUGGAAAAGACAAAGACAUGGAAAAAGCUCUAGAAGAUCAGGCACAACUUAUUGGCCGGUAUGAAGCAAUGGAAAAGGCUCAAAGAGACUGGGAAGAGAAGUUCAGAGAAAAUAAUACUAGUCCACGGGAUUCAUGUGAUCCUGGGAAUCACUCAGAUGUCACUGAGGAGAGAGAUGAGGUCAAGGGACAAGCUCCAUACCCUGCUGAGACACUUGCCUCCUAUGCCCCAGAGGCAAAGUCAGAGGUUACAGAUGUUUGCUUCUCUAAAGAACCGUCCAACACUCAGCCCAAUGGUGUUCUGCCACCUUCAUGUGUUGAUAUCGGAGGUACACCGGCUCAGAAUAGCAGUAGUAGUUUUGCUUCUGAAUGCGAGGCCCAAGAAUUUGCAUUCCCUAUGGCUAUGGGGUCGCAAAAUCAAGAUAGGCUUGAAACCUAUAAACCUUCACAUAGCUCCCAUCAUGUGCCACUUUCCAAUGGAUCCCCAGGAAGCCACUCAGCACAUCAUGUGCCACUUUCCAAUGGGAGGCUCGAAACCUAUAAACCUUCACAUAGCUCCCAUCAUGUGCCGCUUUCCAAUGGAUCCCCAGGAAGCCACUCAGCACCUGUGUCUUCAUCUGAUUCUAAAGGAGAUGCUUCAGUGAGCCGAAAUGACCUAUAUGCAAUGGUGCCACAUGAACCAUCUGAGGGUUUGGGUAGUGUGCUGGAGGCUCUUAAACAAGCAAGGGCAUCACUACAACAUAAAAUUACUCGAGUGCCUUCAGUUCAAGGCGCAUCUGUUCAUAAAGCUGUUGGACCUUCUGUCCCUGCCACGAGCACAGGGGACAGGAUGGAGAUCCCUGUUGGAUGUGCUGGGCUCUUUAGGGUGCCAACAGAUUUUUCAGUUGAAACCAGUAGGCAAGUCAACUUCCUUGGUUCAGGCUCUAGUACUGCCAACUAUUACCCCGAUAAGGGAGCUGCAGUAACUGCAGGUGGUCGAUUUAUCCCUCUUCUCUACUUGGAGAAUGGAUCUGGUUUCUCGACCUCUGAUCGGUAUCUCACCAGCCGAUAUGCAGAGACCUUGCCAACAGUUUCCACCGAGAGCCCUCAGUUUGAUCCUAACCUGGAUAGGAUUCAAUCAUCUUCCAGUAGAUACACCAAUGUUUCCUAUCCUACCCAUCCUUCCUACCCAACCUAUCGAUCGUCUUUAUCCUAUCCUGAAUUGCAACCAUGGAUGCCCUCUAAUGAAGGAUUUAAUCGAACCUUUCCUAGUAGGGCAGCUGGGGUACCUCCCACAGAUAAGUGGUUUCAUGACGAUCAUAUUAGAUCGAAUAUGUAUAGAUAGUAGGACGAAGAUUGAAGUUCUGUUAUGUUAUUAAGAUAAGAUUACAACUUCACCAAGAAGAUUAUACCAUACAGGUUUUGUAGUGUAAUAUGGUGUUGUAAUGAUGUGCCUUAAUAUCUGUACUCCCUUUGGUUUUGUGAGUAGACUUGAGUCACGGUUUGUAAAGCGGUGGGACCAUCCAUUUUCUUGUUUGUCUUUCAAAUAUCUUUUCGUUUUCCUCCUA